CCAGUCGAAAAUCUGAGUUCGUUGGCUUUGCUUUAGCCAAUCAGCAAAGAUGAGUACCCAAGUCAGCAGCCCUGUCUUCUUGGACAAUACCGAGUUCUUCAUGGACUCGAGCAACAUUGUCAAUGUCUCCUGGCCAAGUGUAUCAGCUGCAUUUUCUAAGCCCGUGGAGAAUACCACAGCACCUUUCAUUGGAUAUGACUGGACUCAGCCUUUUCCAGGGGUGCAGUACGUCAAUGGUCACAAUGUGUAUCUGACAGUAGCUCCUGAGGUUACUGUGAGCGAAACCGUUGCGGAAAACUCAACUUCGGUCCUGUCCUCGUUGACUUUUGGUAUUCCCGAUAACAUGAUGUCCAAUGGAAAGGCUUUGCCCAUGGACCCUUCAUGGUAUAUCUGCCGCCACAUCUUUAUCUCGACUGAUGCCGCGACCAAAACGGCUGCUGGGAAAGGCAAAUGUGGCUCACUCCCUCAGAUCUGUGUGGAUGACCUCCAUAACGCCUUGAUUCAGAACUGGGGAACGGCGGACCCUAAUUCCAUGUGCGCUCAGUUGAGCGGUAACCCCAUUCCUCACAGCUGCUUCAGUUCAUUCGGAUUUUCUCGUCAAGAGGUUAUAGGUUUCAAUAGCACCACCAUAGCCGAUCCUGUGCUAGGUCCUCUCCAGACAAGCAAGCAGCAGCAGCAGCACAGCUGGCGCAUUGGAACUGGCUAUCACGACCCUGGCGAUGCCCUUGCCGAUGAAAUUGCCGACAAUAGAACCUACCUCGUUGCCACAGUCUGGGGCUAUAGCAAAGCAGCCAACCCUAAGACCAUUCAAAUUCCUCAAGCAUCUUGGUCCUGCAUUACGCCUGGGGGUGCUUACGUGCCGCCUCCUCCUCCGCCUCCUCCUCCUCCCCCGCCGUCGUCUACCACCACCUCGUCCGGCGCAGCAACUUCGACUCCUGCAGCGCUUCCCAUCUCAGAAGCUUAUUAUGAUGACUUCUCUGCCGGCAUGACGCACUGGGCCACAUACGACGGCUCAUACAGGGUGAAAUCGGGGGCACUUGUUACUGAUAGCUCUGAGGGCGGCAAGGCCCUGUUGUACAGUUCUUUCAGCGACUUUACCUUUGAAGCAGACAUUACCCUGCCGACUAACACCGGCAAUGCUGGCCUCGUCUUCCGAGCCUCAUCCCCUGGUAUAGGUGCGGAUGCUUACCGCGGCUACUAUGCUGGCAUCAGCACAGAAAAUAAUGUUGUUCUUGGACGCUCACUGAAUAGCUGGACCCAACUCAGUCUUGUCGACAUGACUAUCAAUGCUAACCAGGUCCAUCACGUCAAAGUUAGGGCCCUGGGAAGCUCUAUUGAUGUCUUCGUGGACGAUAUGACCAAGCCCAAGAUCUCCACGCAAGAUACCACUUGGCUCUUUGGUAUGGACGGUGUGCGCGUCUUCGACACGGGGGCGACAUUUGAUAACGUGCAGAUUCUGCCUCUCAGUUUCGCAGAAUAUUUCUCCGGUAAUAUGGAUAAGUGGGUGACCUAUGGAGGCAGCUUUGCGGUGCAGAACACUGCCCUAGUUGCCCAGUCUUCGUCAGGUGGCAAAGCACUCAUCAGCAAUACGAUAUUUAGCGACUUUGUUUACGAGGCUGAUCUGACUAUCACGGACGCUGAUGGAAAUGCCGGCCUCAUCUUCCGGGUUUCUAAUCCAUAUGACGGAACAGAUGGUUACAAUGGCUACUACGCCGGCAUCGGAGACGGUUUUGUAGUUCUGGGCCGGGCAGACAACGACUGGAACGAGCUCAGCAACGUCAAUGCUGCAUCAGUCACGGUUGGCACAGCUCAUCACAUCAUGGUGAAAGCCAAGGGUAGCACUUUGACCGUCUAUGUGGACGACAUGAAUACGCCAAAGAUAUCGCUGCAGGAUGAUACAUACACCCAUGGGUGGAAUGGUGUACGGGUGUAUGAGACAAAGGCAACUCUUGACAACGUUGUGAUUUAUACUAUGUAAAGUGUGUAUGUACAUAGGUAGACAAUAAUUGUUGGUUUUUGGAUUACAGAUUCACUUUGUGUGUUAAUUGUCUCCAUUAAGCAAUUAUUGUAUUAUUCAAGCAUUGUAUGUAUGUAAUUGAGUUUUAAACGACUAUGCUUAAUUUUUGC